AUGGGUGCCCAAUUAUCGCUGUUGUCGCCGACUGCGCAGACAAUCGCGAUAUCGGCGUAUAUUGAUAACCUGAGUGAUGUUCAGUAUAGCAAGCCGUUGAGCUCUGCUCGAUUUCUCAAGACUAUUAAAUGUUUGGACAAACAUGGGGCUGUUGUUGUUAAACUGUUGAUCAAACCCACCACCGAGCUCGAUUUGUCGCUGUGGGUGAAAGAACUCGAGGACAUGCGGGUCAAGCUGCUGGACUUGCCGAAUGUCCUACCGUUCGAGAGCAUAAUCGACUCACAGCGCGCGGGUUAUCUGAUUCGUCCCCAUAUUCGCUAUAACUUGUACGAUCGGAUCAGUAUUCGGCCGUUUCUGGAACCAAUUGAGCGCAAAUGGAUUGUUUAUCAGAUACUGGUGGCUCUAUCAAAAAUACAUCAACAGAAUGUUUACCAUGGAGACCUCAAAACGGAGAAUGUGCUGAUGACUUCGUGGAAUUGGUGUGUGAUUAGCGACUUUGCCGUGUUCAAGCCUGUUUAUCUUCCAGAGAACAACCCGUCGCAAUUUUCAUUUUAUUUCGAUACUAGUCAACGUCAUAUAUGUUACGUGGCUCCGGAACGAUUUCUGGCAAACGACCAGGAGGUGGAAGACCACCCUGAUGCGCAACUCACCUGGCAAAUGGACAUUUUCUCGUUGGGGUGCGCAAUAGCCGAAAUCUAUCUUGAAGGACUACCGAUAUUCACCCUUCCACAGCUGUUCAAGUACAAAAAAGGAGAAUACCAGCCGAAUCUGGAUGCAAUUGAAGAUAUAAACGUGAGAAGACUAAUUCAAAGUAUGAUUGCACUGGACCCGGCACAACGACUUUGUGCUCAAGAUUGUCUUACGCAAUUCCGCCGAUCAGUGUUCCCAGACCAUUUCUACACGUUUUUGCAUCCUUAUGUUCGCAAACUGAGCGAAAAACCAACGGCUUCGGAUCCGUUUCUGGACUGCGACUCUCGUAUCUCGCGGAUUUACAACGACUUUGACAAAAUAGCAUUAUAUCUGGGUUUCAAGCACCAGUUUGAUAACGAAACAACUGAAAGCUCCGACACACUUAUACCGGUCCAUCUACAGCUACCAGGUAUGAUUGAUCACACGCCAAGAUCGACUCACGAAGUGUUCAAGACUCCAAACGAUUGCGCAUCUUUGAUCCUGCUUGACAUCAUUCUACACAGCGUGCGAAACUCCACACACUCGUCUUUUAGAAUGCAAGCGUGCGACCUUAUACUUGCGUUCGCUGAACAGCUCCACGACGAGGCAAAACUUGAUAGGUGUUUGCCGUAUUUGGUGUACAUGCUUGACGAUCCAAGCGAGGACGUCCAAAGCGCAGCGCUGCGGUCCUUGACGCAACUUCUCGUCAUGGUGGACGUUAUCACACCCGUUAACGUCUACAUUUUCCCUGAAUACAUCUUGCCGAAACUGCAACAGGUUUUGAAGAGAACGUAUACCGAGUCAGAUAUUCCUGGAUACGGCCGUCAUGUCCGGUCUGUUUUCGCAGGUUGCUUGCCAUAUCUGGCUCAAACAGCACGCAAAUUCUACGACAUGUCUUCACUCUUCCGAACUCAGCUCCAACACGCUUCGGGAGACGAGUUUGUGAUUGAGAACGAUGAUCAACUGGAGAGUGCUUUUAGAAACGUGGUAGCCGAGUUCGAGUCGUUAGUUGUGCAGAUCCUGACUGACCAAGACUCUUUUGUGAGGAUCUCUCUGUUGAAGAACAUUCUGCCGUUGGCUGCCUUUUUCGGCAAGGACCGAACAAACGAUGUCAUCCUUAGCCACCUGAUCACCUACUUGAACGACAAAAAUCCAAACAUCCGGCUCGAAUUCAUCUCCAGCAUAGUGUCGGUGUCUGUUUUCGUGGGAAUUGUCAGUUUGGAACAGUAUAUUCUUCCACUAUUGGUCCAAUCGCUCACAGACUCGGACGAGCUGGUUGUCAUUGGGGUGCUGAAAACUUUUACAGAGCUGUGUGGAUUAGGACUUGUGCGCAAAAUCCAUUACUGGGACUUGAUCAGACUCACCAUUCGACUGAUUCUGCAUCCUAACGAAACUAUCAGACAGUCUGUACUGGACCUUGUGGUUGCAAUUGGGUCGAGUUUAUCUCUGGUCGAUCUUUAUUGCAUGCUAUACCCAAUCAUUCGGCCUUUUUUCCAAGACGAGCUUACUGAAUUUACCUGGGAAUCGCUAUACAUCUCUGCACACAAGCCAAUUUCACCUGCAGUGUACACCUUGGCGCAGAACUGGUCGCUAAAACAGGACUCCUCGCUGUUCUGGCAGCGCGUGGAGGCGUCUCACCGACGCGGAGACCUGUUUAACACCUCAGAAAUUGCGUUCAUGCGGAAAAAUGCGUCGCAAAACACAAUGCACAGGUUCCAUGGUGUUGACGAUAUGACGGUUGUGAGCAACUCCGAGGUCCCGCUGAGUCAACAAGAUAUGCAGCAGGUGGAGAAACUGAAGUCUGUCGGUAUGGCUGACUCUGAGAUUUGGAAAGUGGCAACGUUGCGGUCGUAUAUUUUCAAGAUCGCGCGCUCAAACAGCAGAAAGACCCGCGACACCGACGUUUCCAAGCCGAAUGUGCUUCCACGAACGGUCUUCUUUGAUGUGAGCUACAAGUCGGAGGUUGUUCGUGCCCCACAGACAGAUUCUGCCCCCAAAAGAGCGUCUGUGUUUCUGUAUGGAGCUGUCCGUCCAGAUACUUUGAGCAACGGCUCCAAGGCGACAGAGGAACCACCGUCGUCUCGUGACUCUGUGCAGAAGAUCACCACCAAGAUCAAACACAGCUACACAGGCACCAACCCGUACAUCUGGAAGUUUCUCAACGGGAUGACGUUUGAGCCGACGUUGGACGACUAUAUUGAGUUUGGAAGCAAGACCGACGUGUACGAGGUGUCGGAAACUUCAGAAAUGGAGCCGAACGGGGUGCUGAUUUCUCGUCUCGUGGAGCACAAGGCUGCCAUUUCUGGGCUGGAGGUGAGCUCUGACCAGCGGUUUUUCGUCACGGCGGACCGGUCAGGCGAGCUGAAACUCUGGGACUCUGCCAGAUUGGAAACCAACGUGACAGGCUCGUCGAGUCUUUCUUUGAACCUCGAGUCAUCGAUCGUGUGCACUGCUUUCAUGAAGGACAGGAACUGCAUUGCCACAGCUACCAAGGACGGGUACGUCAAAGUGUUCCGGAUCGACUUCACGCCCGCGCACAAGAAACAGGCGUCGACACGGAUCAGUCUGAUUCGUCAUUACAAGCUGGAACCGGCCGACAGCUACGCGUUGCAACUGUGUUUCUGCUCGCUGUCGGAUAAGCCACUGCUCGUGUGUACGACUCCGACGGCCAAGAUCAUUGGUCUGGACGUGCGCACAAUGACAGUGGUCUUUUCGCUGCAAAACAACCUCUCGCACGGGAUCCCCACGAGUCUGGCUGUGGACGAGACCCAGGGCUGGGCCGUGGUCGGCACGUCCAAGGGCAUUCUCGACCUGUGGGACCUUGGGUUCGGGAUUUCGCUCAAGAGCACAAAGUUCCGCGGGUCCAGUUUCCCGAUCAACCGCGUGCAGGUACUGCCGGACGAGUUUGUGCACAACGGCAAGAAGUCGCGGUACAUUGCCGUGGUUGGUGGCUCCGGCGACGAGGACGUCACCAUCUGGGACGUGGCACGACUGCAACCGCGGCAGGUGCUGUGCUGCUCGAGCGCAACGAGCACGCUGGAGACGUACGUGGUGACCGAGCUGAGCAACGAGUCCGACGCGAUCAACGACGAGCUGAUGCAGCUGGAGCUUUCUGAGGACGUCAUAGUGGCCGACGGCAGCUGCAGCGCGCUGCGGGCGGUGGGGACGCUGGCGGUCAGCGCCUCUGCGUCCGGGAAACUGGUUGUUUGGGACCUGGCCGACCCAGAGCGCUCGCGCGUGGUUGGUAGCAAGACAGCGUCGUUUGUGGCUACGCAGAUCAACUCAAACCUGCUGUUUGUUUCUGAACGGUACACCGACGGGUCACGCUCUAGCCCGCUGGCCGACCACCGCGACCGGGUACUCCAUGUCGGGCUGCUACGCCGGCCGUACCAGAUGGUGAUCAGCACAGACAGAACAGGCGUAAUUAACGUGUAUAGAUAA